AUGGCAACCACUGACCAUUUUCGGAAGAAGCGCGGCUCGACCAGAACUGGUGUCACCCGAGAACUGUUAUCGGACCUUCUGCAGCAACCAGAUUCUGAUGCCUCCCAGAUUAACAGCCACAUGGAUUUCCUGAAAGAUAAAGAAGCAGCACUUUCAAGGCUCGACGACGUCAUUCUGGUGGCAACGAACAAAGAAGACAUGAACCACGAAGUGGAAGCAGCAAGCAAGUACAACGAAAAGAUUCUCUACGCCGUGUCACGAGCCACGUUCAGGCUACAAGAACUUGAGAAGGCAACCAGAGCGCAGGAACGAGCCACAGGAUCCGGGCCAAACAACUACGAACUUCCGCACUUCGGCAAUGCAGCAGGACAUGUGAGAGCGCACCGUCCGCUUGCGGUUCAACUGCCCCAGCUCCGGAUGCCAACUUUUCAUGGAAGUCUCCGUGGAUGGCUAUCCUAUUGGGACCAUUUCAUUGCUACCAUCCGCAAGAAUACCGAGCUGUCACGCAUUGAAAAAUUCAAGUACCUCCUAACCUACUUAAUUGGGAGCGCGGAACGAGCUCUUGAAGGCAUCCACCUACCAGAGCAGAAUUACAACCUUGCAGUCAAGACCCUCACGGAUCGCUUUGAACGCCAGGAUCUGCUUGUGAACGAGAAUGUUGGCCAUCUGCUUGAGCUGAGCCCCAUGAAAACCUCGUCACACAUUCUAAGGCUUCGUCUGCUGCACGAUAAUCUGCAGUUCCAUGUUAGUGCCUUGGAAGGCCUAGGAGUUGUGCCCGACCAGUACACUGUGCUCUUAAACUGUGUCCUGAUGCGAUGUCUGCCAGAGGAUCUCGCCGUUAUGUACGUGCAGAAACUAAAGGAAUCGCACUGCGCCUCGAGCAUCGCCCAAACGCCUGAUGACCGAACGUGA